AUGUCCAGCCUGACGGUCGAACUGGCCCCUCUCCCUCUCUGGGGGCACGCCCUCUCCCGGCACAUGUUCCGCGCUCCCGCCCUCAGAACCCCACCCGGCCGACCCACCAGGGGCAGUCAAAGGCGUCAAAGGAGUCGACCAACCCGAAAAGGGCGACACCUGUCCCGAGCUAUCCAAACUCUCCGCAUCCCGCGCGGUCUUGAGCGGAGGGGACGACGUCUUCUAGCCCUUAGCUCUGGUCCUGGGUUCCAGUAAGGAGCUUUCCGCUCUGUUGGGGAAUGGGGAGCCGAGUGGGCGUACGGGUGAG